CUCUUCCAAAAUUCUUUUUCCAGAUCUAAAUCUCCUUUCUUCUCUUGUUCUUCAUUUUUUUCUCCAACAAUCGAUGAAGAAAUUGCAGCCUCCCACUUCAAAUUUGGUGACGCUCCAAAUCCUUCUUCUCUCAAGCUGCUCCUUCCUUCUGUUUUUUUCUUUUCUCGGCCUCAAAAUUGAUGAUGCUCCAUAUUGUCAAAGAGGGGACUGAUCUAGUGGGUGGUAAUCGACAUGAGUUCCGAGAAAGAAGAGUUAGAAGACAAUGAAGG